AUGCACGUGAAUGGCAAGGUGGCUCUGGUGACUGGCGCGGCGCAGGGCAUAGGCAGAGCCUUUGUCCAGGCACUGCUGGAGGAGGGCGCGAAGGUGGCUCUCGUGGAUCGGAACCUCAAAGCCGGUGAGGAGAGCAAAGCUGCCCUGGAUGAGCAGUUUGAAGCUCAGAGGACUCUUUUCAUUCAGUGCGAUGUUACAGAUCAGGAGCAACUGCAAGGUGCUUUUAAAAAAACAAUUGAACGUUUUGGAAGGCUGGAUGUUGUGGUUAAUAAUGCUGGAGUGAAUAAUGAAAAGGACUGGGAAAGCACUAUACAAAUUAAUUUGACUUCUGUGAUCAGAGGAACAUACAUUGGUCUGGAAUACAUGAGAAAAGGAAAUGGAGGGGUAAUUAUUAAUAUAUCAUCUCUGGCAGGACUCAUGCCUGCUGCACACCAACCAGUGUACUGUGCUACAAAGCAUGGCAUAAUUGGAUUCACCCGGUCUAUAGCUAUGGCGGCUCAAAUGGGAAAUUAUGGCGUGCGACUAAAUACAAUUUGUCCAGGUUUCGUUAACACACCAAUUCUUCAGUCUAUUGAUAAAGAAGAGAAUAUGGGACAAUAUUAUGAAUACAAGGAGGAGAUCAAAGAUAUGAUGAAGUUCUAUGGUGUUAUGGACCCAUCGCUAAUUGCCAAAGGACUGUUAAUGAUCAUUGAAGAUGAUGCUUUAAAUGGAGAGGUUAUGAAGAUUACAGCAUCCAAGGGGAUUCAUUUUCAAGAAUAUAGUGCACUUCCUUUUCAAUCAGGAAGGCUAUAA